AUUUGAUUUCGGGAUUACCAAUGAUGAGUGUAUCACAAAAUCGCAGACGAAGCCAAAAUCUCGUAAGAAGCAGGUGCUGUCUCUUGAACGUUUGCAUCAAUAGAACGAUAAGAUUUCGUUUGCAUGGUGAUGAAGACGAUAACGCAUAUCUUGUUAUAUAAGAGAAGCUGAAUUUAGAAAUAAAGUCGCAUAAUUAACAUAAAAGUGAAUUAGAAAUGUGGAAAAGUGCAGUUGCAAUUUUGGCUCUUUUAGCCUUAUCAGAGGCUGCCGAUUGGCAGAACGUGAAGCCAGCUUACAGAGUCAAACCUACUGUUCUCAAAAAGACUUAUAGACACACUAAUAGAAUUGUCGGAGGAACAUUCGCCACUGUCGGCCAGUUUCCUUACGUAUCCGCUAUUUUGAUCGACGGAACGAGUUUCUGCGGCGGAGUGCUAAUUUCGGACUACACCGUUCUGACUGCUGCUCAUUGCGUCAAUGGGGGGUCAACAUUCGAAAUUACCCUCGGCGCCCUAAACAUCUACGAUGAGACCGAACCAGGCAGACUAAAAAUCGUCCCAGCGAAAGUGAGGGUCCACGAGGCUUACUCCGACUUUAACUUGGCCAAUGAUGUCGCGAUUCUCGAGUUUCCGUCCCGAAUUGAAUUCACAGACACCAUCAAGCCCAUUCGCCUGCCUUCAUGGUCGCAGAAAGAUCUGCUCUUCGACGAGGAGCUUCCAGCGCGCAUCGCUGGCUGGGGCUGGACCUACGAUGGCGAGAACAGCAUCAGCAGCGAUUUGCUCUACGCCGACGUGACCACUUUGUACACAGAACUGUGCGAAAGCUACUACGGUUUGCUCUACCACUCCAGCCAGCUCUGCAUUGACACGUUCUUCGGACAAUAUGGCACUUGCGAUGGUGACGCCGGUGGUCCUCUGAUUCUGGUCGAGAAUGACGGAAACGAAACUCUGAUUGGAAUCGCCAGUUACUACGCCGACGACGGCUGUGAAGGCAUCGGCCCGCAAGGUUUUGCCCGGAUCAGCUCACAACUUGAUUGGCUUGAAGUCCACGGUGGUGUUAUCAUUAGACCGUGAUUGCUUUGCCUUUGAAUAAAAAUCCUUUUUAAUCUUC